GAAAAUGUUUUUAGGGAACAAAACGCCUUUUCAGCUCGGGAAGCAAGGGCGUAGAGAAGAAGAGAAUAUCGAAGCGGUGGAGGGAGUCCAAAACGCAGAACCCCGUGAAGCAAAGUUGGCUUAAGCUUCUUAGAGUACCAAAAUUUUGGUUUGCAUCGCUUCAAUUCGAUUUUGGUGGUCUCUAGCCAAAACUUUUUCUGUUUUAAUUGAGUCAGAAAUGGCUUGCUUACAUGACCAUAGUUGCGAAGAUCACGAUUGUUCCUCCGAUUGGUCUCUCUACAAACACAUAGACCUCUCCAAGGUAUCUGCUUUAAACGAAGCUGUUCCAGGAAGUGCUAAGUCAGUUUUCAAGGCUUGGGAGCAAAGGCUGAAUUCUUCAGGGGAACACUUGGAAAGCAAUGAGGGUGAUCCUGAAUUACUUGUUUUUGUUCCAUUUACAUCAGAUGUUAAGAUCAAGGGCAUAUCAAUUGUUGGCGGAUCUGAUGGAACAAGUCCUUCCAAGCUGAGAGUGUUCAUCAAUCGAGAUGGCAUUGACUUUUCGGAUGCUCAAGGUAUGCAAGCCAUUCAGGAGUGGGAGUUGGUUGAGAAUUUUCAAGGAGUGUUGGAGUACCAAACAAGAUAUUCCAAAUUCCAAAGUGUAGCAAAUAUCACAUUGCACUUUCCUGAGAAUUUUGGUGGUGAUACAACUCAGAUACACUACAUUGGCUUUAAGGGUGAAGCUACACAGUUGAAGAGGGAUGUUGUUGCAACGAUUGUAUAUGAACUCAUGCCAAAUCCUUCUGAUCACAAGACAAAAGCUGAAGGUGGUGGAGGCCUUUCUCAUGUGGAAUGAGAAAUUUGUGCUCCUUGUGUUUCUUGAGGUGGUUGUGGAGUUGAAUUACUUUUGUACAUGGAUAAUAUAUUAUCGAUAAAGGCUUACUAAAUAAUGGCACCGCUCUUGUAUUUUCUUUAUCUUAAUGGGUGGAUAACUGUAUUUGGAGAUGAUCGAGGAAAAAAAAAUAAUUUAAAAAAAAAAAAAAAUCUAUGCUGUUGACAACUUAAGUGUCUUAACGAAUAUCACUGGAAUUGAACUUUUCUUUAAUUUGUUUUAGAUUUGUUUGCUGA